UGCGGCUGCGCGCCGUCCGCCCUUCCUUUCGGUAGGAAGCUCGCGCUGACGUAGAGGAACCCUAGCAGACGCGCCUCGGCGUUGAUUAGGUGCUUUAAAGCAGCGGACGUGCUGAAACCGUGGCCCCGGUCGCGCUAAAUGCUCUGACUGUUUAGCGGACGGCGCUCGAGUCUGACGGACGAGAGGAAAGAAAGGAGGCGGCGUUGAACCUGGGCUCCGUAAGCUCCAGGCUCCAGGCAUGGCUGAUCUGCUGAGGCUGCUGCUGCAGGUGGCUGAGAAGGCAGCCAACGUGGCCCGGGUGUGCAGACAGGAGGCCCCCCUCUUUCAGCUGCUGGUGCAGGAGAAGACGGGCGAUGACAAGAACAAGAAGUUCGUCCAGGACUUCAAGACGCUUGCGGACGUGGUGAUCCAGGAGAUGAUCCGACACAAUGUGGGCGCCAAGUUCCCCGAAAUGGCCGGAUUCAUACACGGAGAGGAGUCGAACAAGUUUGAAAACGGGCUUGGGGAGAGUGUGACGGUCACCGUGUGCGCCACGGAGCAGGAGACGGCGGCGCUGCUGGCCACGGUGCUGGACGGCAACCGCACGGCGGCAUCUCUGCUGGCGCAGGCCAUCCACCAGAACCCGGCCAGCGUCGACCCCAGCGCCGACGGCCUGGCGGUGCCGCUCAGCCCCUCGGAGCUCGGCAUCUGGAUCGACCCCAUAGAUGCCACCAGCCAGUACAUCGAGGGCCGAGAGGAGGCGCUGGAGGAGGGCCACCUGAGUCCUUCGGGCCUGCACUGUGCGCUGGUUCUGAUCGGGGUUUACCUCCGGAGCACGGGGAGGCCCGUCAUGGGCGUCAUCAACCAGCCGUUCAAUCACAAAGACCCGGCAGGUGGAGGCUGGAGGGGCAGACAUUUCUGGGGCGUGUCCUGCGGCGACGUCAACCUCUGCUCGCUGCCCCGGCCCAAAGGUGAAUCCCAAGGCGGGCCGGGUCUCUCGGCGGUGCUGAGCUCCAGCGAGAAGCAGGCGGUGAAGGACACCCUGGCGUCGCUGUGCGGCCCCGACAACGUGAAGUACGCCUCUGGGGCCGGAUACAAGAUCCUGUGUGUCAUCCAGGGCCUGGCAGACGUCUACGUCCUGUCAGAGGGCAGCACCUUCAAAUGGGAUUCCUGCGCCCCUCACGCUCUUCUCCGGGCCCUCGGGGGAGGCGUGGUGGACCUGAACAAGACCCUGCAGUCCAGCUGUGGGGCAGGGGACCAGACUGAACUGACUUAUCACCAGCCCAACGCUGAGUGCAAAGGAGCCGACCGCUGGGCCAACAGAGGAGGCCUGGUGGCUUAUCGGGACUGUUCUCAGCUCAACAGGGUCAUUGGGGCUCUGAAGGGAAAGAUGUAGUUGGAUGCAGUGAGCACCACCUGAAGCAACUAUUUUUAUGUUAAAGGAAGAAGAUUUGAGCCACAGGAUGAAAUAUUUUACUUAUAUAAGUUGUAUUUUACCCCUUUUAAAAUUCUACCACAUUGGUCUAAUGACUAAAAAUGUCUGAGCUCAAAGUGUUUGUUAUCAAGCUAUGGCUUUUGUUUAGCUUUAGUAAACAUGAAUGUUGCUGUGUUUUGUAACAUUUUGCCUGUUA